UAGUAAUAUAUAAUGGUGAAUCGAAAAGCAAAUGAUUCAGGCAGAGAUACAAAUGCUGAACUUGCUAUAAGUUAUAUACGUGAAUUUAGUUUGCAGGCCGGGCGUUAUCGCACUCAAAAGACUGAAGAAGUGCUACUUAUGAUCAAUCGAUCUGCAUCUGUAUUGUCUACCACAAUACAAGCACAAUACUUUAAUCCUUUGCAAUUGGAAAUCUCAAAAUUCUUUAUUGAUUUGCAUGCAGUUAUGACAGCACUACCCCCAGAUUCAGAUGCGUUGUGGACAUGUGUGACGCUGGUGACCCAUUGCAUGCGUAAUUUAGAUGCUCGUCGAGCAAUUAUCGAGGAAUAUCGUUUUGUGCCGAUGUUGACGUUAGUGCUAAAGCGCACGCAGGCUGAAGACAAAAGGCGUCGAGUGUUGGUUUUAUUGCAAGAGCUCACUUAUGGCAUACGAAUCACUUGGGAAGAAUCAUACUUGACUACAUUGUUUAAUCAAUUGAUUGGCAUAAUAAACAAUGCGACUGAUGGUGAUGAAACUGAUGCUCUGGUAGCGCUUUCAAUCAUUAUAAAUUUAAUAUAUAAGAAUUUUGUGGUACACUUUCUCUUCCUGCGCACUGUAAACAUAUCGAAAUUAACACGUAAAAUACUGAACUAUGGCAUGUUGGCGAACAAAUUGCUAAUAAUAUUAUCAGACGAUUUUAAUGCACCUGAUGAAAAGUACAUGCAAACAUUCCUGCGAACUACAUUUUCAACAAUUGAUGACUGCAUCAGGAACUGGAAUGUACCACACUUGCGUCACAUUGUAGACUUCUUGACAGAUUCCUCCUCCAAUUGUUACCUGCACAACGCUUUGAUGAAUUACACAUAUUAUGUUGAGGAUAUUGAACGAAUACUUGAGAAUCUGGAAAAUGUAACUGACGGAAGUGACCCAAAUGAAGAUUUACGCAAACACCAACAUAUGUCACUAGGUCUAAUAUUUCAACUACUACGUUAUAUAUUAAAUCUAAGCCUAGAACCGAGAACAGAUGGUACUGAAAACAUAAUUAGUAUUGAUUCCAAUAUACCUAGAUUGUAUGAAUUACUUUCAUUUUGGGUUAGCUCUGAUAUAUGUGGUGUCGAUGCAAUCAACCUUUUGGACACAUUGGUUCUAAUAGCCAAAAAAGAUACAUUAUCACAACGAAUUUCUCGAGAUCCUGCUCUUGUUAUACAAUUAAUAGCCAUUACAGAAAACACAGAAAGCACCGCUCAGCAUAAAAGUGCCAUACUGCAAUUCCUUCUAACAUUAUUGCAUCAAAACAAAACGGAAAAAUUGAUUUUGUCAAAAAUUACGGAGUCGUACUUUGAUAAAUUGCUUGCACCAUUACUCGCCAGUAAAACGGAAACUUCUGUGACCACAAUGGCCAUUGAAGAAAUAGAAAAGUCUAUAUUUUGUUUAGUGUUAUUAAUUAAUUUUGCUAGCAUAGCUAAAAAGGCAUAUUUUGAAAAAUGCUGCAUGUUAUUGCAGAUGCAACAAAUACAAUACUCUUUAGCCCGUGGCAUACUCAAUGGCGGCGAAACUGUAGCCUGCGCGAUAUUCAAAAUUUCACAAUUCGAACACUUCCCGCAAGCUCAAGUGGCAAAAGAAAUUUCAAGUUUAAACGCUUCAUCUAAAUAUAUGACGCACACACCUUCAAGUGAACAAUGGUGUAAUAUAAAUUCCAUACUCAAAAGUCAUAAAAAUCUUGUAAGUAAGGAAGUUGAAGAACGUUUACAGGCUCUGAUUGAGUUGCUAUCGAAUGCACAUCGCAAUAAUCAAUUGAAUAAUAUUGCGACUUCUCAUGUGGUUGAAUUAUUAAACUAUAAUGUGCAAAAAUUUGAGGGUAUUGAGAGCAGCAUGCGCGAUCGUUUGGAUGCAGCAAGCGCUGAAAUAACGAACUUAACGCAACGCAUCAAUUUACAAAAUGCUGAACUACAAAAAUAUCACACAUUAAAUUUUGAACUACAUAUCAACCAAGAAAAUUUGCAAACUGAGUGUAAGGAUUUAAAAAAACAGAAGGAAAAUCUAACAAUUAACUUAACUGAUUUAAUGAAGAAAUUAUCUCAGAGCACUGAAUCCUUGCAAGUCAGUGAGAAGCGUUUAAGUGUUAAAAUAUCCGAAAUGAUUGCUCUGCAGCAACAACACAAAGAACUUAUUGAACAGUUUACAAACAAAACAGAAGAACUUGAAAAACUGCAAGCAACCUCCAAGGAUAAUGUUGUGCGUAUCGAAAAGCUUAAGAAGUCACUUGUUGCAUUUGAAACAGAUAUCAAGGAAAAGGUUCGGAUAAUUGACGACCGCGAUCGCGAAUUGGCUAAAUCUCACAAAGCUCUUGAGGAACUUAAAGAAGCCAAAAAGAAAUCGGAGGGUAUAAUAACUGUGCUAGAAGGCCAAAUUCAGGAAAAGAAUGAAACGAUACGAAAUUAUGAGAUGGAAUUAAGUGAGACUGAAGAAAUGCGAAAAACGAUAAUGAGUCUUAUGGAAAGUAAAAAGCCAAAAAGAAAAUAAUUUUCUUUUUUUUUAAAAUAAAAUUAGGUUUUUAA